CUCUCUCUCUCUCUCUCUCGCUCGCGUUCGUCUCCUACCGUUACGUUGAUACGACCUUCACCUCCGACUUGGAGCUUUCGCUCUCUAGUUUAUGUAUACCCGCAAAACCCCUACGGACUCACCCUCCAAGUUCACACAGUCUCUCCCAAAUUCCCCCCUCAGAUCCACACAACUUUCCCUCUCUAAAACCUCCACCACUCUCUCUCUAAUACCUCUCCAUUUCUAGAUCUAUCCCUCGUGUCAACCCCCCUAAAACCCUGUAGUUCUGGAACAUAUAUAAAACCCAGAAUUUUUGUAAUUUGAAGUCUGAAUCUAUGAAGGGCACGGGCCAGUGGUUCACGAUCGGGCUCGUGUCGGCAUGGUACACAUCGAACAUCGGAGUUUUAUUGCUCAACAAGUACUUGCUUAGCAACUAUGGGUUCAAGUACCCAAUUUUCCUAACCAUGUGUCACAUGACUGCGUGUUCUCUGUUGAGCUACAUUGCCAUUGUGUGGAUGAAAAUGGUGCCUUUACAAACUAUACGGUCGCGUGUGCAGUUCAUGAAGAUCUCGGCUCUGAGUCUUGUGUUCUGUGGUUCGGUGGUUUGUGGGAAUGUGUCGUUGAGAUAUCUUCCGGUGUCGUUUAAUCAGGCAGUCGGAGCUACGACGCCGUUUUUCACGGCUGUGUUUGCCUAUUUGAUUACGGUUAAGAGGGAGGCUUGGUUAACGUAUGCCACUCUCAUUCCUGUGGUCACUGGGGUCAUCAUUGCUAGUGGGGGUGAACCAAGUUUUCAUCUAUUUGGAUUUGUAAUGUGUGUCGGUGCUACAGCUGCAAGGGCAUUAAAGUCGGUGCUUCAAGGGAUUUUGCUGUCUGCAGAAGGGGAAAAGCUGAACUCUAUGAACCUUCUGCUGUACAUGGCACCAAUAGCUGUUUUAUUCUUACUUCCGGCAACACUGUUGAUGGAGGAAAAUGUGGUCGGGAUCACGAUAGCUCUUGCAAGAAGCGAUGUCAAAAUUAUCUGGUAUCUGCUCUUCAAUUCUGCUCUAGCAUACUUCGUGAACUUGACCAAUUUCUUGGUCACUAAACACACUAGCGCUUUAACUCUGCAGAAACUAUUAGAGAUGGUCUUUAAACUAGGAAAACGGAACACAGUAGAUUCUCUUCUCUUGGCAUUGAAGAGAACCUCUCCAUUAGUGAAUCUAGUGACAAAGCUACAGCCAUGGGGUUCUGACCUCUUGCAAGAUUCCUCUUCUUGGUCAAGAUACAAGAAUAGAAACAGCUAUUGCCAAAAUGUGUCGCUGCUUCUUGUUCCAAUACCCAUCGGAUUUGUGGAACAUCCAAUUACAUCUAGUGUUAUCUGA